AUGGACAAACAGAAACAUCUGCCCUUUCAUCUUCACGCAGGUCAAUUUAUUAGCUCUCCUCCUAAUAGUUCCAUCAUUGGAGUCAUUGGAGAACGAGUCAUUCUGCCCUGUCACAUAGUAGCAGAUAACAUUCCUGUGGGAUUCUCUGUCCAGUGGAUAUUUCAUGAAGAGUCUCAAAAAAUAACUGUGAGCAGAUAUGAUGGAAAGAAUAAAAAGGAGAAACAAGAUGAGAGAUAUCAAGGCAGAACAGAGUUCUUCCACAGUGAAUUUAGAGAUGGCAACAUGUCUCUGCACUUGAAGAAUGUCAGGAGUUCUGACAAAGGAUUGUACACUUGUGUGGUCUCUUUCAAUGACACGUACCAUGAUGCGUUGAUUGAACUGCAAGUGGCAGCUAAAGGUAGUGUGCCUUCCAUUUUCCUGAAGAGCCACGUGAAGCAGGGCAUUGGCCUCACCUGCCAUGCAGCUGGAUGGUUUCCUAAACCUGAAGUGAUUUGGCUGGAUGGCCAAGGACGUGUCCGGAAGGAACUAUCAACCACAAAGAUAACAGUGAUGCCUGCAGGCCUAUACAGUGUUGUGACUUCCAUGAACCUAAAACCGGGCUCUGACAUGGAAGUCUCCUGCAGGAUAGUCAACAAUCUGCUAAAGACAACGAGUGAUUCCCGAGUGCUAAUCUCAG